UGGAAUUUGAGAUUACAGAGACGAAAAUCGCGAGAGGACGAACGAAACGAACACAAGAGAACAGCGCACAGUGGGAGAUAUAUAGUUGCUGGGAAACAAAGAAACAGGUUUUGGAACACCAAACACUGACGAAAUCGAAUUGAGGUUACUGUUUUUGUCUGCUUGAUGGUGUCGGUGAACCCAAACCCCGCCCAAGGCUUUUACUUCUUCGAUCCCUCCAAUAUGACCCUUCCCGGCGUGAAUUCUCUUCCGCCGCCACCGCCGCCAACUCAGACUCCAGCUCUUUCCCCCGCCGUGGAGGAUCCAAAUAAGAAGAUCCGGAAACCCUACACGAUUACAAAGUCCAGGGAGAGCUGGACCGAGCAGGAGCACGACAAAUUUCUAGAAGCUCUCCAAUUAUUUGAUCGGGACUGGAAAAAGAUUGAAGCAUUUGUUGGUUCAAAAACUGUUAUCCAGAUAAGAAGUCAUGCACAGAAGUAUUUUCUUAAAGUUCAGAAGAAUGGAACAAGUGAACAUGUUCCUCCUCCCCGGCCAAAGAGAAAAGCUACUCACCCAUACCCUCAAAAGGCUCCUAAAAUCACUCCUACUGCAUCCCAAGUUAUGGGCCCACUGCAACCUUCAUCUGCUUUCAUUGAACCUGCAUAUAUUUAUAGCUCGGAUUCUUCAUCUGUUCUUGGAACUCCAGUUACCAACAUGCCUUUGACGACUUGGAACUAUAAUGCUAAACCACCCGUCAAUGUGCCUCAAGUGACUAGAGAUGACAUGGGCCUGACCGGAGUGGCACAAACUAUUUCUCUUAACUGUUGCUAUAGCAGUAGUAAUGAGAACACCCAUCCAACUUGGCCAAGUAGCAAAAAGAUGAAUCAAGGUGGCCAGGGCAAGCCAAUGAAAGUAAUGCCAGAUUUUGCUCAAGUCUACAGCUUCAUUGGCAGUGUUUUUGAUCCAAAUUCGACUAAUCAACUUCAGAAACUAAGUCAGAUGGACCCAAUAAAUGUGGAAACGGUAUUACUGUUGAUGAGAAAUCUAUCGGUCAAUUUAAUGAGUCCAGAGUUUGAGGACCAUAAAAGGCUGCUUUCAUCAUAUGAUACCGACUCUGAUGAGUCGAAGCAUGUUAAUAUUUGCAGCAAAUCCCUCACUAAUAAAUCCGAGAGUGCUAUUCUGUCUGCAUAAGGAUGUCGAGAAUGGUUUUUCACUGUAGAAUGUUUUCAAUCUAUUUGGUGAAGAAUGCACAUAAGUGGGAGCAAGAAGGAGAAAAAAGACAAGGUUUUGCUAAAAGGAAGUGUAGCUUCUUAAUGCUUGCAUAUGUAUAUUAGAUGUACAUACAUAAAUAUAUACAUACAUAUAUAUACAUAUAUGUAUGUAUAGCUUUCGGAUUGAGUUUUUGUUUGUUUUUGGCACUGAUAGAUGGUAGAUAUGCUAGUGUUUUGUGUAUAUCUUUUGAAGAUGGUUGUCCUUGGAAUGCAGGACAAUGAGAGUCCUGUUAGGUCACUUCUGGAGGCUUUACUGUACAGUCUGAGUGUUUUUCGUGUUAUGCUGCGAAGCUUUGAAUUAGCAUUUAAUAUUUAAGAGCAGUGUUAGGAAUUAGGAACUGCUGUUUGCCUUGUAUAUAUAUAUAUAUAUAUAUAUAAAACAAUAAAACUGUGUAGAUAAGUUUCUCCUUC